UUUGGGACGGUCCGGCUGCAGCGCAGCGUGGAUCUCUGUUGUUGUGGCGCGUGUCUCUAAACACACAUGUGAAACACAGCUCCACGGGACGUCAGAGGAAAGUGUUAAUGCGUCGAUUUACGCACCUGAGUGUGCAACGGGUGAUGCAUUGACGAGGAAGAGAAGACAUCGUUGUCGAUCCUCUGACAGAAUGAAGACGAGAGAAAUGAAGAUUCUAAACCAGGGCCUGGAGGAUGAGAUGGAGGUGUGGGGGUACCAGCCCUGUAUGUGGAAGAUGGUCCUGGUGGGUGUGGGUGCUGUGUGCUCCGGGGGUCUCCUGCUGCUGCUGCUCUAUUGGCUACCUGAGUGGGGCAUCAAGGGAACCUGCACCCCCACCUCUCUGAAAGACGCACAGACUCUGCUGCUGAGGACCACUGAUGAAUUCAGGCAGUGGUUUCGAGCCAAAGUUCACGUGAUGGUGGCUCCAGGGAGGAAACCAUUCGACUGCCUGGAUCUGUUGUCCUCGGCUCAGCUACCAAAUGGAGACCACAGCAUUAACGCUGUUCAUGAGGAGCAUCAUGGGAAAUUGACCCAUACACAGAGUGCUCAGAUCCACUGCUUCACCCAUCACAGCACUAAAUACUACUGGAACGAUGAGAUACAGAACUUUGAAUUGUUUAAAGGCCUGGAGGAUUUGAAUGUGAGCUGUGCAAACAUCCACUCUGACCACAGCUCUGGACUCUCUAAAACGCUGCAGGAGUACAGGAUGUUAUUUUUCGGGGAGAAUGAAAUUGCUGUACGGGUCCCCUCUCUGUUCAAGCUGCUCAUAAAGGAAGUCUUAAAUCCUUUCUACAUCUUCCAGCUCUUCAGUGUUAUUCUCUGGAGUUUUGAGGACUACUAUUAUUAUGCUACAGCCAUAGUUUUUAUGUCUUCCAUCUCAAUCGCUACCUCACUGUACACCAUUAAAAAGCAAUAUGUGAUGCUGCGUGACAUGGUGGCAGCUCACAGUGUGGUACGUGUGUCCGUGUGCAGAGGAAAUAAAGAUAUCGAACAGGCCAUGUCAACAGAACUUGUACCUGGUGAUGUCAUCAUUAUUCCAGCCAAUGGGAUGAUCAUGCCCUGCGACGCCGUGCUCAUCCACGGAACCUGCAUAGUGAAUGAGAGCAUGCUAACAGGCGAGAGUGUGCCGGUUACAAAGACAGGUCUGCCCAGCUCAGGUGAAGAUGCGUCCGAUACUUAUAAUAUGGAGGAGCACAAGAGACACACCCUGUUCUGUGGUACCCGAGUUAUCCAGACUCGCUUUUAUGCAGGUGAACUGGUGAAGGCUGUCGUGGUCAGAACAGGCUUCGAGACAGAGAAAGGCCAGUUGGUACGCUCCAUUCUCUACCCUAAACCCACAGACUUCAAACUGUACCGGGAUGCGUACCUGUUCCUGCUGUGUCUGGUUGGAGUGGCAGGGAUCGGCUUCAUUUACACUAUCGUCCUCAGUAUUAUGAACAAGGUCCCAGCCAAAACCAUCAUCAUUGAAUCUCUGGACAUCAUCACCAUCACUGUGCCCCCAGCUUUACCCGCAGCCAUGACAGCCGGCAUUGUUUACGCACAACGACGUCUGAAGCGUGUCGGCAUCUUUUGCAUCAGUCCUCAGAGGAUCAACAUGUGUGGUCAACUCAACCUGGUUUGUUUUGAUAAGACUGGUACUUUGACUGAGGACGGUUUGGACCUGUGGGGUAUUCAGAGAGCUGAAGAGGACAGCUUCUCUCCCCCGGAGUCGGACGCAACUAAAGAAAGUUUGGUUAACUCUGUGUUUGUGGCCUGCAUGGCUUCCUGCCACUCACUGACAAAGAUUGAGGGUGAGCUCUCCGGAGACCCUCUGGACCUCAAAAUGUUCAACGCUACAGGCUGGAUCCUAGAGGAGCCCACAGAGGAAGAGACCGCUCUCCACAAUCCCAUCAUGCCCACAGUUGUGCGUCCUCCGAAGCACAUCAUCCCUGAGGCCAAUCAGAACAACCCACUAACUCAGAACAUGGAGCUAUCUGAAAUAUUGCCCUGUGAGAUCGGCAUUGUGCGUCUGUUCCCCUUCUCUUCGGCUCUGCAGAGGAUGAGUGUAGUGGUUCGGAGGUUAGGGCAGAAGCACAUGGACGCCUACUUAAAAGGAGCACCGGAGGUUGUGGCAAACCUCUGCAAACAGCACACAGUCCCACAGACUUUCACAGAGACUUUGGAGACCUACACAAGGCAGGGCUUCAGGGUCAUUGCUCUGGCACAUCGACAGCUGGAAUCCAAACUCUCCUGGCACAAAGUCCAGAGCCUCAGCAGGGACCUGAUAGAAACCAACAUGGAGUUCCUUGGUUUGAUCAUCAUGCAGAACAAAAUAAAGGAGGAGACGGCCGGGGUGUUACGGGAACUACGAAAAGCUGACAUCCGCACUGUGAUGGUGACAGGUGACAAUAUGUUGACGGCAAUAUCUGUGGCUCGGGAUUGUGGGAUGGUUCGUGCACAUGAGAAGGUCAUUAUAGUGGAUGCUGUGCCUCCUAAAGAGUCUCACCCUGCCAGCAUCACCUGGCAGUACACUGAAAACCAUCAAACCAUCAAAGACACUGAGACUGUGGAGAUAAACCUGCAUCAGGAAGUGGAAUAUGACCAACAGAUCACUCAGCAGGAACAGAACUAUCACUUCGCAAUGAGUGGGAGAGCCUUUGCCGUCAUCGUCGAGCACUUCCCUCUCCUUAUCCAGAGGCUUGUGUUGGGAGCUACUGUGUUUGCUCGAAUGGCUCCAGAUCAGAAGACUCAACUGGUGGAAGUCCUGCAGAGCAUCGACUACACUGUUGGCAUGUGUGGUGAUGGGGCCAAUGACUGUGGAGCUUUAAAAAGAGCUCACAGUGGGAUCUCUUUGUCUGAGCUGGAGGCUUCUGUUGCUUCACCUUUCACCUCCUCCAACUCCAACAUCUCCUGUGUCCCCAACCUCAUCAGGGAAGGUCGAGCCGCGCUCAUCACUUCAUUCUGUGUAUUUAAGUUCAUGGCUCUCUACAGCAUCAUCCAGUAUGUCAGUGUGACCCUGCUCUACUCGAUCCUCAGUAACUUGGGAGACUUCCAGUUCCUCUUCAUCGACAUUGCCAUAAUCCUCAUCAUUGCCUUCACGAUGAGUCUGAACCCAGCGUGGAAGGAGCUGGUGUGCCGCCGACCGCCGUCCAGUCUGAUCUCUGGCCCGUUACUCUUCUCAGUCCUGACUCAGAUCGUCACCUCGCUGGUCUUCCAGGUCCUGGUUUUCCUUUUAGUAAAACAGCAAAUCUGGUACGAGAUGUGGACGCCUAAUUCAGAUGCCUGUAAUGUUUCCAGCUCCAGUGUCUUGAACAGCCUGAAUGUAACAAGUCCUCAUGAUCACAAAAACAUCAGAAACUAUGAGAACACCACCCUCUUCUACGUCUCCUCCUUCCAGUAUUUAACCGUGGCCAUCGUGUUCUCCAAGGGGAAGCCCUUCAGACAGCCCAGCUACAAGAACUGGCCGUUCAUGCUGUCCUGUGUUGCCUUGUAUUCUUUCCUCCUCUUCAUCAUACUCUAUCCUAUCCCUGCGAUAGACAAUUUCCUGGAGAUCGUGUGUGUUCCUCAUGACUGGCGUGUCACUCUGGUCAUCAUUAUCGUUGUGAAUGCAGCCUUGUCUUUCAUGCUGGAGAUUUUCAUCCUUGACAUCAUCCUGUGGAGGCUUGUUUUCAGAGGGAAUCAGGGGGUAAAUCGACCCUCACAGCCCCCCUCUGCUGACACACCACAGGAGGCCAAUGACCGCUGGGGCUCUCCCUUCCUCUCCUGGUUGUUCUGUCUGAAAAACAAGCCCCCCGGGGUGCGCUACAUGCACGUGGCCUUAGAGCUGCAGGACGAUGCCAACUGGCCCCCCAGACCCUCGACUGUCACCUUCGCCAGCGAGACACAAUCCCAGAGCUCUGACCCCCUCUGACAACCAACAAGUAAACUACCACUCAGACUAAAUUUAAAUCUUCAUCUCGAGUCUUAAAGGACUGAGCUGGAGUUGAGCUCAGGCACAUGAUGCUCAGAUUAUGAUAAAUAAAAUGUUGAGCCUAUUGGAUGUUAGAUAUUAGUCACAGAUUCUCAUAAAAAAAGGCCUCCUACUGCAACAGCAGA